UAUUGUUUUAUACGAUAACUAAGCAAGCGAAUUUAUUGAUUAACUGUGAACCGAAUAAAUAAGUGAUGAAGUGACAUCGCAUCCACUUUCAGGAAAAAAUGGCAGACACAAAUUGAUAUAUGCAGGGAGAAACUUUAGAGAUAUAUGGGAUUUUUUGUUAAUAACACGAUGUUACAUAAAGAAAACCACUCGGAGAAAAUGGUGGCAUAAAGUAGAAAAGUUUGAGUUAACAAAAGGCAUACAAGACAAAAGCUUUUGCGAUCGUGGGAAACCACUUUGAUCUCAAAUUAAUUAAUCAUUCAGUCUUUAUCAUAAUCCACAAAAAAACUUUAUUUUACAUGUUGUUCUCAAAUAAAAAAAACUUUUGAUUUUCCUUUUCUUCUUUUAAAUGAAGAAACUGUAAUGUAAGUUUCUUUUUUUUUUUGACAAAAAUUGCAAUGUAAGUUUUUUUUUUUGUAAGCUAAAAUUGUAAUGUAAGUUUUGGCGUGGUUUCUUUGGACCAUGCCUUUUGCACCACCAGUGACCACCUGGCUUCGUCAACUCAACGACAUAUAAGUCUCAUAUUUUUUUGUAACGAUUAAUUUCACAUUACGUGCACAUUUCCAAUACAGAAGACAAAAUGUAUUUCGUGUAUCUUAAAUCCCCUACGACGUCUCGUCCAGCUAGUAUCUUGAAUUUUUAAUUUUUAAAAAAUUUAAAAUAGUACUCCUUCCGUUUUUUAAUAUAAGUCGUUUUAGAGCUAUGCACGUAAAUUAAGAAAACUAUUAAUUUCUUAUAUUUUCUAGACAAAAACAUCAUUAAUUAUUUACUUAACCACAAUUCAACCAAUAAAAAAAUAGAAGAUAUAUUAUCAUUGGUCAUACAGCAUUAAUUUUUAAUAAAUUUUACAUAGAAAACCGAAAACGACAUAUAAUUUGGAACAAAAACAUUUCUCAAUAACUUUUUUUAUAAAUAGCCUGAAUGGAAUUGAAAUAUAGCUUUCUAAAUCCAAAUAGAUCCAGACCAAACUGGAACACCAACCCCUAGAUAUCACUAUGCGGUUCUUAACAAACUUUAAAAGUAAAUAAAAUAUCAUACUGCUAAAUAUAUUAUACCAAAUUCCUCACUAUGGCUAUAACCUUUCACCAAUUCAACUCAAAUUCUCUAAAUAGAGUAGGUUUGUAAAUACUAACGUGUAUUUCUUGAUCAAAUGUGUGCAUAUAUUAAGAAGAAAAAAUUAUUUUAUUCUAUUUUUAUAUAUUACACACCAAAAUAAAUGUGUAAUUGACAUUUUGUUUGUUUAUUUAACUUUUUCUCGUCAUAAUAUAGAGAGAGAGAGAGUUGUGUGCGAAUUGUAUACUGAACUUCCUAUAUUCCCUCUUCAUAUAUUCAAAACAACAAAUCUUUGUUUCUCUCUGUCUCUCACAACUUCCCAAGAACCACCGUUCCCUUUUUGGUUUUUAAAAUUCGAACGCAGAGAGAAACUGAUCGGAGAAUGGCGACGGAGCAUAUAACCCGUAAGGCAGAUGAAUACAGUGUCGAGCUUUUACCUAGCGACGACGAUGCGCCGCCGCCGCUUUCAUCAUCGUGGCGUCUCAGCCUCGAGACAUUUCGACUUCCUUCUUCACUUUCGUCCACUGGCCGUCACGACGGUCGUACACGCUUCUCUCGUUACUUCCGUACUCCCAGAAAGGAACGUAAAGUGUAUGAAUACUACAAAAAGCAAGAGAGGCUCCUCGAGGGUUUCAAUGAGAUGGAGACUAUCCACGAAACCGGUUUUACAUCUGGAGCUCCAACUGAGGAAGAAAUGAAGAAGCUUGCAAAGAGUGAGAGACUGGCUGUUCACAUCUCAAACGCUACAAAUUUAGUGCUCUUUGUGGCAAAGGUUUAUGCCUCUAUGGAGAGUAGAUCCAUGGCUGUGAUUGCUUCAACUUUGGACUCUCUCUUGGAUCUUUUGUCUGGUUUUAUUCUGUGGUUUACAGCUAAUGCCAUGAGCAAACCAAACCACUUUCAUUAUCCUAUAGGCAAACGACGCAUGCAGCCUGUGGGCAUCAUUGUGUUUGCUUCGGUGAUGGCAACUCUUGGACUGCAAGUUUUGCUAGAAUCAGGAAGGCAACUAGCCUCCAAGAAUGGUAUUCAUAUGAAUAGCACAGAGGAGAAAUGGAUGAUCGGGAUCAUGGUCUCUCUCACCAUCAUUAAGUUCUUACUCAUGCUUUACUGCAGGGGAUUUCAGAAUGAAAUAGUUAGGGCCUAUGCUCAGGAUCACUUCUUUGACGUUGUGACUAAUUCAAUUGGCUUAGCAACAGCCGUCUUGGCUGUCAAAUUCUACUGGUGGAUUGAUCCCUCUGGUGCUAUACUUAUCGCUUUGUACACCAUAGGAACAUGGGCAAGAACCGUACUAGAGAACGUCCAUUCACUGAUAGGACGCUCUGCGCCGCCAGAGUUCUUGACGAAACUGACAUUCUUGAUAUGGAACCAUCACGAACAAAUCAAGCAUAUUGACACAGUCAGGGCUUAUACGUUUGGGUCACACUACUUUGUGGAGGUGGACAUUGUUUUGCCAGAGGACAUGAGACUGCAAGAGGCUCACAAUAUCGGAGAGACACUUCAGGAGAAGCUCGAGCAACUUGCUGAAGUGGAACGAGCUUUUGUUCACAUAGACUUUGAGUUCACUCAUCGUCCUGAACACAAGUGUAAUUAGACUUUGAGCUUUGUAGAAAAACACAGAUCAUAAAAGAUUCAUGACGUGAAUGAUAAGUUAUCUUCUAGUGUUAGUCCUUCAAUUUAUGUUCUCAUCAUGUCGUUUUGUCUAUAUGGAAAUCGAAUGAAUGUUGUUUCUUUUCAGGUCUAUUGUUUCUAUAUAUAUGCGAGUGAAAACGAGUGUAGUUUCGUUA